AUGUUCACUUACUUGCAAAGACGCUUUUCAUCCGGUGACCUUCAAGGUGAACUAGCCGACAAGCGGGAGCAGGAGGGUUUCCCAGGCUUCCUCAACUUCACACAGACUCUGAAGAGCGCCACAGUCGGCGCCGCCUCUUCGGGAGCUCCAGUCGCGAGGCCGCAGGCGACGGGCGUCAACACACAGGCCUUCGGGCCCGGACAAGUUCCAGCCAACAGAUCCGGUUGUCAGGCCGCAGGUACAUACAACCAGCACCAUCGAUAUACCGGAGGCAGCUCUGCCACUGAAAAGGACGCAGCGGCGGCUGCUGCCGGAGGUGGUUUUGGAUUCUCUUCGGUGGGUGGGGUUGCAGGAAAUACGGGCUCUUCGGCAGCCGGAGCAAUCGCAAGCUCAGGUACAAUGUUUAAAGGCCGUGGUGCGUAUCCGAGCGCUCCCAGCUCACCUACUAGAACCUUGCAUCCAGCAAUGCAGUCAAUGGACUUGUCUAGGGACGGUGCAGGAGCUACCCCGGCCGGAAUAGGCAUGGCUGACAAGGCGGGAGGGAACCCUACUUCUGGCGGUAGAGCAGCCUCAUUCAUGAGUAUGGGGCCAAUGGGCAGCAUCACUGGCUCCAUCUCCAGCACUAUCACUAGGGGCAUUUUCAGCGCGGCCUCUACUGCCCAAGGGAUGGCUACUGGGAAGUCAUACAACAAAGACAAGUGCAAGAUACUUUUAGUGAUUGAUGAACCGCAUACCGAUUGGUGA